AUGAACCAAUCAUCAUCAAAAACCCACAACCAAAAAUGCCCAUCUGCAGCAUUACCAGAACAACCCACCAAGACUCGAAGGAGAAAGAAACAGCAGCAUCAUCAGCCAAGUUUUAGAAGAAACCCACUUCAAGAUCUCAACAAUGGUGGCAUUGACACCACCAGCAUUGACAACAGCAGCAAUGCUUCUUCUUUAUCCUCCAUUGAAGCUCCUAGGGGCUGUCUCAGGUUCUUUCUCUCUCACUCUUCUUCCUCUUCAAGUUCUGCAAAAACCCCUUUUAGUAGUAGUAGUAGUAAUCAAAGACUGACAAAAGUAAAGCCCUCGAGAACUGCUAAGUCAGCUCCUAGUACGAGACCCACGAAGGAGAAAUCCAUUUCAAAAAAGGUGGAGAAGGGGAAGAGAAACCGCCCGCCAUGUCUAUACCAGUGGCAAUCUGGUAUAAAGCGCGUUUCCUCUAGGAAUGAAGUUGGUGAUUAUAAAGUCUCUUCCUUUUUGGAGUCAAGUGGCAGUCUUGUGAAAAAUAAGCUGAAAUCUGGGCCUGGAGAGUUAAAAAAGGUGAUGAUCGAUGGAGUUUGUGAGGGUAGUGGAGCCAAUUUGACUCCUUUGUGUAAAGAGGGAACCGGGUCUGGUUUGAAUUUAGGAGUUGGUGGUAAGGUUAUGAAUGAUGAUUGUUAUGAGAAAUCAUCAAACGGUAAAGCUGAGUCAAUCUCGACAAGUAGCAAUACCAAGACCCCUCCAGUUCAGCCCUCGGUAUCACCAGAGAUACAAUGUGGGUCAUCUAUGAAGUUGAUGACAGUGGAAACGAUUACUCCUGCUACUUGUUAUGGUGCUGGUCAUGUUGUGUCUGGGGUUACUGACAAGAGGAAAUGUAGGCCUAGAGGGAUACUCGCAGGAGGAGAAGCUAAAGCUCUUGGUAGUUUUGAUAGCGACGAUGAUAUUGAACAAGCGAAUGAUGUAGGGCUUAUAAAAAAUUCUGAUGUUUCUAUGUUACCUUUGCCUAUUGACGCUUCAAUGCAUUGGCUUUUAUCACCUUGUGAUGAGAAGGAUGAGGUUCAGAAGGAGAAUUCUCGGAACGGGUCACGCCGUUUUAGGAGAUUGGAGGAGCGUGCCAUACACAACUCUCCUGCUUCACCUUCAUCUGGCUAUGGUGGUUUUUCACCGGAGUUAUUCAAUACCAGUGCGAACAGGAGUAUUUCUACUGUUAGUGCUGGGAGGAGGAGUGCUUCUUUGCUUUCUCCCAGCGCGCUCCCUGUCCCUCAGUUUCAAGGAUUUCUGGGAACUCCUUUAUGCGAUAACUUUCCUGUUUCAUCCUUAGAAGAAGAGACGGAGAAUCGACAUUGCACUGAUGCAGAGAAUUCUCCAUUCUCCAUAGGCUCGUUGGGUAGUGGAAAUGUAAUUCGAACUCCCCAAUCUGAUACUAGCUGUGAUAGACGAGUCGGUGCGUCUGGGACACAAGUAGAUAGUAAGAGAAAGAAAUGUAACUUUGAUUCUGAUCUCAAUUCAGUGGCUGAGCAGCUUCAGAUGACUAGUUUAUCUCCCAUGAGCCAUGCGUCAGUAUGGGAUCCAACCAAUUCAAGUUUCCGGUUUGAUUCUCUGACCAUGCCUUCCAAUACAGUCGAUCUUUCCAAGUUUCACAAAAUUUUGGAAGAUCGGAAUUCUUGGUUUUCUAACUCUACAAUCGAGAAUGUAUCACAAUCUCAGAUAAGAAUAUCUUGGAGGGAAGGGUUGGUGAGUCGUAUGUUUGAGAUGGAUGAGUUUGAUUGUUGUAGAUACUUGUCUGAUGAAGAGGAUGAUGGCAAUGUCUGCAAUAUUGAUUGCUUAAAAUCUCAUACGAGUCCUCAGCUAAACGUUGAGGCCGCAACUGAUCACAUUUCAAUGAAUGGUAUUGGAUCUACUGAAUUUGUAAAGAUAGAACAGGAUACAGGUGGCAAAACCAAGGAUGGCCUCCCUUCCCAACCACCAUGUUCGUGUGCAGAGUCCAUAACCACCGAUGGAGUGAUUGAGCAUAUUGAUUUGGCGGGUUGUGGUCCUGUUGGGAAGUCACAACUCCACUAUAAAAUUGAUGGUGCAAGAGGCCUAUUUGCUAAUACUGGAUUCACCAUCUUUGGCAUCUUGUGUUUGAGGGAAAUAGAAGAACCAGACAGAGCAGAAAGGGGAAGUUGUGUUUUGAUGGAGGGACUCAUUCCUUUGGUCUGCAAGGCUUUCAGGAAGAACAAAACUCGGAGGCAAUAUGAGUGCCUUUCAGUUGGUGCUGCACUAAGUUACAACAUCCCAGAUUUCUACACUCACGAGGCACCUAAAAGUGAGCUACAUUUCCAACCAUCCAUGGUGAACACAAAUUCUCAGAAAAAAGUUCAUCGGAGAUUUUGGUCUGUUCAUGAAGAUUUCUCAGGUGGAUUUUCGUCACCGGCAGUUCGUUCCACAACUGCUGCUUCUCCUCAGGCAAAGCAGCUUGCGAGGUUCAGGAGCCAAAGAGUUUAG